AUGUCCCAGAUAUGGAACUUCCUAAACAAAGAGUCAAGCAAUCAAAGUGAGAAUGACAAUGUAAACGAUAUGGAUCAGUUUACUAACAUUUCCAAAGAAGAUGGUCAUGUCGACUAUUUCAACCACCAUUUACAAAAUGAACACAGCUCAAACUCAGACUCUACUCUAGAGGGCGAUGAUACACAUAAUCACAACAUCAACUCUUCAAAUUCUGAUCAUGAAACAUUCAAUUCUCAACUGAAAAGAAGGUUAUCAAAACUGACAAAUCACAAGAAGCAACAACAACAACAACACGAUCAACAAACAACACCAAAGAAAAAUUACAAGAAACAUGAUAUUUCGUGUUUGAAGAAAGAUGAAAAUAGUCAAAGUUCAUGUGAUUGUCUUAUUGAUGAACAAGAUGAUCAAGUUAAUGAAAUCGUUUCACCUAUUAUUAUAAGAUCUUCAACAACUCAUUUACCAAAUAUAGACUCCAAUGUUUUAUCACCAAAUUCUUUAUCAACAACAUCCUCAUUGAUCUUUGAAAGAAAUGUUCAAGAUCAAAUUACAAAUUAUUGUAAUUGUACAACUACCACUGUGACUUCAACAAGUACAAAUAGAAGCAGAAGAAAUUCACACAAUUUAUUAGCAAGAUCUCAAAGUGUUUCAUCUCAAUCUUCAAUCCCAAAUCAUUUGAAUUUUGAAUUCUUCAUACCACAAGUUCUUGAUGCAACAACAGAAGUGCUAACUGACCCAAACUAUAAUGAAAAUGUCGAAGUUAUACAAUCUUCAAAUAACUCAAACCUAAGCUCGAGCUUAUUAGCUGAUAGUACCAAUCCUCAAUCUUCAACAAGACCAGGAUUGGGAAGCAGAAGAAUGUCAAGAUCAGUGCCAAUCUCAAGAAGACAAAGCAGUUGUGCACCACUAAGUCCAAUCUCCACCACAACUACAACGACUAAUAUAAAUGAUGUUGAUUAUUCUGAUAAGAAGAAGUUGAAUUUUUGUUCAUUUGCAGAUUUAUUAAGCGAUGAAACAAGUUCUUCAGAUGUUUUAAUCUCACCAACAAGUCCAAAAAACAAUUCAACUUUAGGGAUGACUUCUAACUCAACUUUCCAAGAUUUAAGGGACCCUUUCAAUAAAGAUCAUGUAUUUACUCAACCUCCUCCUCCUCUACAGACUCAAUCAAAUCCACCAUUCCCGUCUCUGUCAAAGACUACAUCUAUAAAAGAGAUUUUGUUGGAGAAUCAAUCAGAAUUGGGUAAAUAGUGCUUUGUUUGAAUCUGAAACAUUUAUUUUUCAUUCAUUUUUUUAAGCCU